GCCAGGAGGUACCCGCGCCGGGCGUCGGGAUGACCCUCCUCCUCCUCCUCUGGCUAGGUUCCUACUAUGCUGGAGCCUUGGGGACUCACACUGAGAUCAAGCGAGUGGCAGAGGAAAAGGUCACAUUGCCCUGUCACCAUCAGCUGGGGCUCCCGGAGAAAGACACCCUGGACAUCGAGUGGCUGCUCACGGAUAACGAAGGGAACCAGAAAGUGGUAAUCACUUACUCCAGCCAUCAUGUCUACAAUAACUUGACUGAGGAACAGAAGGGCCGAGUGGCCUUUGCUUCCAAUUUCCUGGCAGGAGAUGCUUCCUUGCAGAUUGAGCCUCUGAAGCCCAGUGAUGAGGGCCGGUACACCUGCAAGGUGAAGAAUUCAGGGCACUAUGUGUGGAACUAUGUCAUCUUAAAAGUCUUAGUGAGGCCGUCAAAGCCCAAGUGUGAGCUGGAAGGAGAACUGACAGAAGGAAGUGACCUGACUUUGCAGUGUGAGUCAUCCUCCGGCACAAAGCCCAUUGAGUAUCACUGGCAGCGGAUCCAGGAGAAGGAGGGGGAGGAGGAACAUCUGCCUCCAAAAUCUAAGAUUGACCACAACCACCCAGGGCGCGUUCUGCUGCAGAAUCUCACCAUGUCCUCCUCCGGACUCUACCAGUGCACGGCAGGCAACGAGGCUGGGAAGGAGAGCUGCGUGGUGCGAGUCACUGUGCAGUAUGUACAAAGCAUUGGCAUGAUCGCAGGAGCAGUGACAGGCAUGGUAGCUGGCGUGCUGUUGAUUUUCCUCUUGGUGUGGCUGUUAGUUCGAAGGAAGGACAAAAAGAGAUACGAAGAAGAAGACAGACCUAAUGAAAUUCGAGAAGAUGCUGAAGCCCCGAAAGCCCGCCUUGUGAAACCCGGUUCCUCUUCCUCAGGCUCUCAGAGCUCACAUUCUGGCUCCUCCUCCACUCGCUCCACAGCGAACAGUGCCUCACGCAGCCAACGGACACUGUCCACCGAAGCAGCACCCCAGCCAGGGCUGGCCACCCGUGUGCACAGCCUAAUGGGGCCAGAGGCAAGACGUUCUGAACCAAAGAAAGUCCACCAUGCUACCUUGAACAAAGCAGAAACCACACCCAGCAUGAUCCCCAGCCAGAGCCAACCCUUCCAAACUGUCUAAAUUACAGUGGACUUUGACUCCUCCCGUGCUUUCCUUGGAGUCAGAAUCUUAGGACUUUUCUAGUCACUAUAGUUCAGUCACCAGCCACACAAUCCCCUCGAAUCAUGAGAGUUCACUUACGUAGCAGGGAGCACUGCAUGGGACAGAUUCAAGUGAGCACUCUCCUUAUGACACCAAACAAGAAAAAGGAUGUAAGCUGAUCAUCUCCAAAAAGGUUUCAGACAAGAGGGGGGAAGUAGAGGUCUAAAUCUGUGUAUUUGUUAACCAGGACCUGUGGUGAGAAAGGCUGAGGAAAGGGGACAUGAACCCACGUAAAACUUCU